AGAAGCAGUUCCGAUGUGUGAUGACGUCACAGGAACCCUGAUAACCGUCCACAGCUGCGGCUGAUGCCUCUGUAAACAACAACAACAACAACAACAACAACAACAACAUGCUUACUCUCCUUAAAGAGGUGUUUUAGAGGAUGAUCUCCGUGAGCUACCUCCUGCUGUGCGGACAGCUGCUGCUGCUGCUCACCGUCAUCCUGCUGCAGUGUCUGGAGGGGAUCCACUCCCAGAAUUCCUCCAGCACCGCCGCUCCCGAGGCCUCCUCCUCCCCGAGUCAGAGAGCCUCAGAGCCCCCGUCCUCCAGCCAGCAGCCCCCGGAGCCCAAGCGGUAUGAAGCACCGGCGGAGAGCUCGAACUACACGGAGCCGUACGAGUACAAACCCCCGUCUCCGGUCGUCCUGUGCAGCUACCUCCCGGAGGAGUUUAUGUUCUGUCAGGAUCCGGUGGACCACGCAGGGAACCACAGCGCCUUCCUGGAGCUGGGGCACGGCUGUGUGGGGUGGGGGGGUCAGACUCAGAAGGAGGUGAAACAUACGAAGGUGGUGUGUUCGGCGCUGGAUGACAUCGAGUGUGCCGGACCCCGGGAGUUCCUGAGAGGGAACGUCCCCUGCAUCAAGUACACCGGGCACUACUUCAUCACCACGCUGCUCUACUCCUUCUUCCUUGGCUGCUUCGGGGUGGACCGGUUCUGCCUGGGUCACACGGGCACGGCGGUCGGGAAGCUGCUGACGCUGGGGGGGCUCGGCAUCUGGUGGUUCGUGGACCUGAUCCUGCUCAUCACCGGGGGUUUGAUGCCCAGCGACUACAGCAACUGGUGCACGUACUACUGAGGGGGUUCGAGACUGAGGACUUGUAGAGCGGCACUGGGACCUGGUGUUUCUGUGCCGGACCCCGAUGGCAGCAUCUCCCUGGUCCAAUGGGUUCUCCAUGUCAUUCUGGAAUUUGCUUACUGUAAAUAUUUGUGAAUUUAAAACGGAAACUACACGAUCUUCAUGUUCCACGUAAAUGAAAUGUAUCAUCUUCAUCUGGAUUCCUUUUCUCCGUCCCGUUCGGAUCCAUGAAACCACUCCCAUCAUUCCUCAGCUCUUUAAACCUUUACAUAUUGCAGAUUUCCAGUUCUGUCUAAAGCACCUGUACAGAAGUUGUUCGUAAUAAGAGGAUGAGGGCCACGGGCCACGUGUUCUGUUGGAUCUGACCAACGGGAUUAUUUUCUCUAAGGUUUUAAGAAAAAAGAAUCGAAUUAUUUCACAGAUUUCAGAUCUUCUCAGAAUUCCACUAAAACAAAUUGGACUUCAUCUAAAAACGGUCUCUCUUUGACCUCCGUGUAUUUGUUCCUGACCCUCUUCCUUUGGAAGCUGAAAUGUGUUUCCCUCAGAAUGUUCUGGAGUCUUUCAGAGGCUCUACAUACUUUUGGUCGUGAAGGGAUUUAUUUUUUACUUUAACUGUUCUAUUUAUGUUUUGCCUUAUUGUGUUGAGUCAGAAAUACAUGUCAUGGUGAAACCAAUAAAGUAAUAAUUAUCAGUG